AUGAAAUAUUCAUCAGCAAAUCUUGUCGAUGGGAUAUUCACAUUAUCCGGGUCAUUUACUAGAUCAUUUCCAGUUAUAUAUCGAGCUUUAACUCGCGAUACAAGAAUUCAAUUGAAAGUUAAUUGUGAUCACUUAUUUCCAAAUAUUAAACGAUAUCAACAUCAUAGAAAAGCAAAAAUUCAAAUACACGGUCGGAUCGGACGUGUCGUUAGAUGUUCAUCAUCGGAAUUUUAUCAUAUUUCGCCAAUGGGUUUAGUAUUGAAAGAUAGUAGUCUCAAAGUACGAUCAAUCUACGGGACCCGUUAUGAUGCGUUAUGGGAUGAGCUGGAGCAGAUAUGGUUUACAAUGCAAGAAAUAGAUUGUAAUUAUCCAAGUGAAUUAUACGUUGAUAAAUUAACGGAUAUAAAAACACCAGAAAACAAGUCCGAAGAUUCAUACGAAAUACGAAGCCAGAUUUUAGAUACUUCGAAAGAUCGACAUCAUCUUCCUGACAAUGAAUCACAAAUAAACCAAGGUAAUGCGACAACAAAAUUAACAACUGCUGUAAGUAAACUAGCAAAUCAAAUAUUACAAACAUGGGCUGAUGGUCAUUAUUUUAUUGAACUUUUUACACCAAAGCCUGCUAGAUCACUCAUUUUUUAUACUAAUAUUAAUGUUACAAUCUCAAUGAAAAAUCGUCGUGCUGGUUAUAUGACAGCAGAUGAGUAUCCACUCUUAAUCAUGCACCGUGUUAUGAGUAGUAUCUAUUCCAUUUACGCUAUUGUAUUUCUUAUUUGGUGCAUACUACUUUGGCAAAAGUUACAUCGAAUUCAUUUUUAUAUUGGGGGCGUUAUUUUUAUCUGUAUGAUUCAACAUACAAUGUAUUUAGUUGCAUAUGAGACUGCGAAUCGAUAUGGACAUAAAGUUAACUUUUUUAUUGUUAGCGCUGAAGUUAUAUCAUGUUUACAACGUACCGCAAUACUUGCACUUUUCACUAUGAUUACGCUUGGCUAUGGUAUAAUCAACUCACAUUUAGGACCAACAAAACUAAAACUAUUUGCUAUGAGUAUACUCUAUUUUAUUAUUUAUAUAAUUGAAGGAUUACUCCGUUUGACUAUAGAGCUUUUGGAUCUGUGGUUUAUAAAAUUUUCGGUUGAUCCUACAUUUCCUGACAUGCCUUAUUCAUUAAUACUUAUUGUCGUCAUGUUUUUAUUUCAAUCAUCAGAAAAUCUAUUGGACAAUAGUGGCGAAGACGAACAGAUCUGGUAUAAUUAG